GGAGGAAUGAUGAUUGGUAGGUUUUCAGGAACCAUGAUUCCCAAAUUUAAUCCCAAACUUGAAAAACAAAACAUAAAAAAGUUUAGCAGUAGUAAAAUUUACUGCUAGUAGCCUAAUAGCCCGAUCCCCUCCGCUCCUCUCUAACCAGCCAGCCAGCCAAGCCAAGCCAAGCCAUUGUCCACUACCCUUCCCCGGCCCCUAGCUGUCGCUGCUCAUCCCCGUUCCUCCCAUCCCCCUGUUGCUCAACUCCACUAGUAUCGCCCAAGGAUAAAAGCAAAAAAAAAAAAAGGAAAAAAGGUAUCUCCCAAAGCAUGCAAUUUUUCGGAGGAUCCGAGAUCAGUCCAUCGCCGCCGGUCCCGACUGCAGCGGGGAAUAACGCCCACAUGCUAUACGUGUUCAACAGGAAUGGAGUAUGUCUGCUGUACAGGGAAUGGAAUCGGCCACUUAAGACUCUCAGCCCCCAGCAGGAUCACAAGCUCAUGUUCGGUCUCCUCUUCUCUCUUAAAUCCUUGACUGCCAAAAUGGAUCCAACUAGCGCUGAUAAAGGAAAUCUUGGAGUGCCACAAUUACCUGGACAGGGAUGUUCGUUCCACAGCUUCCGCACUAAUACUUACAAACUUAGUUUCAUGGAGAGUCCAUCUGGGAUUAAGAUCAUCCUGGUAACUCAUCCUAGGACAGGUGAUUUAAGGGAAUCCCUCAAGUACAUAUACAACUUGUAUGUCGAGUACGUUGUCAAGAAUCCACUGUACUCACCCGGAAAUCCAAUUAGAAGUGAUCUAUUUAAUUCAACUCUUGAUCAGUAUGUUAGAGGCCUUGGAUGAUAUCAAUGUAUUGCUAGACAAGCCUCUGAUGUACGCGAAGCUUUGCUGACAGAUUCGUGAUGCUACAGGGGAUCUUUCCGUUGCUUCAUAUCCAGUUGCACUCUCAUUCAUUGGUGUUAAACUCUGAAAUGAUAGAAGCCAUUUUGUUGGUAGAUGUUGCUUCAUAUUGAUAGCAGAUGUAAACAGGAACAGUUGAGUCAUAUACUGCUAAGGUGUUUGCUCGUAAUCAAUCAUGUAAUGCAUAUCUUUUAUAAGACGUUAAUUGAAAAAAAAGAGGAAUUAUAUUGUUUGUU